AGAGUAUAUGAUAGAGAUGAAAGCUGAGGUGCAAACCUCUGAUGAGGUUGAGGAUGAUGAGGUUGAGGAUUAUGAGGUUGAGGAUAAUGAGGUUGAGGAUGAUAGAGAUGAGGAGUUCAUUAGAGAUAUCUUUACUUACCCAACUUAUUUAUUCACGGAGGAAAAGAUUGCAAAAUUAUAUAAGUUGGAUGCAGUACAUGAUAAGGACUCCAUCGAAUAUGGCAUUGAGGACGAGAGAUUGAAAAGUCGUGAUUGUCCUUUAAGAGAGGAAAGAGAUUUUUGGGAACGAAGCGAUAUUGAGCUAACAAUCAAUGAACAAUCUGAACAAGAAGAGCAGGGAUGCUUUUGCUUCUUCUCUCGAAUGUUCAGGAGAUUGUUCAAAAGAAAAUAAAUCACGACUUGGUCUGGAAGUAAAUCACAACUAUAACACCUAAAAAGUUGUAAAUCUUUCUUCCUGUAGAACAUGACUUUCAAGCAUAACACAACUGUGACUCUUUAACAGCUGUGAAUUAUUUUUCCCAAAUUCGUCUUUCAAAUAAUUACAUUCUUGUGACUCUUUAACAUCUGAAAAUUAUUUAUCAAGAGUUUGACAUUCAAAUAAUUACACUAAUGUGACGCUCCACAUCUGUAAAUAUUUUUUUUAUCAAGAAUUUAACUUUCUAAUAACGAUAUGCUGUGACGCUUUAACAACUGCGAACUGUUUAUCAAGAAUUGGGCAUUCAAAUAAUUAUAUUGCUGUAACUCUUUGAUAACUAAGAACUAUGUAUCUAGAAUUUGACGUCCGAAUAUCUGUAUUGAUGUGACUCUUCAAAAUCU